CCAGAAUAAAACAUGAAGAUACUGAGGAACAAACAGAUGGGAAUAACAGAGCGAAGAGAAGACCUGAAUGAAGUAGAGAAACACUGUGACUUCAAAACUGAAGAAACAAAAGCCAAAAAGCUGCACUCCUGCUCUCAAUGUGGAAAGAGUUUCAGUCAAAAAGGAGACCUUAACAGACACAUAAGAGUUCACACUGGAGAGAAACCGUAUCCAUGCACUCAGUGUGAGAAGAGUUUCACAUCUUCAUCAUUACUCAAAAUUCAUCUGCGUGUUCACUCUGGAGAAAGACCAUUUCACUGUGAUCAGUGUGGAAAAGAGUUUAUUUUGUCAUCACAUCUAAAACAACACCUGAAAGUUCAUUCAGAUGAGAAGCCUUAUGUGUGUUCUCUCUGUGGAAAGAGUUUUUCACGACUGAUCAGUUGUAAACGGCACCAGAAAACACAUGAUGAAGUGAGAGAUCAUGUGUGUUGUGACUGUGGGAAGAGCUUUACUACAUCUAGUCAUCUGAAACAGCACCAAAGAAUUCAUACUGGAGAUAGACCUUACAAGUGCUCAUAUUGUGACCAGAGUUUCACUCAGUCUGGAAACCUGAAUUCACACGAGCGAGUUCACACUGGAGAGAAGCCGUACGACUGCACUCUGUGUGGAAAGAGUUUUAAACAUUUAUCAAGCCUUCAUGCCCAUAUGAAAAACUGUUGCAUGUGAUCAACAUUCGGUUUCAUUUCAAAUAUUCAUUUGAAAUCUAUUUUUUUUAUUCAGGUUGAUUGUCUAUUUUUUUUUUUUUUUGGUUAAAAUGAAUGGAAGACUAGAACGAUUUAAGAGUUGAAGCUUCGAAAGUGUAAAUACAUUUAUUUAUUUUUUAUUUUUUGCCAAAUCUAUCUUGAAUUUUAUAUAUUCAUGUCAUACUUAUUUACUAAGUUUACUAUAUUGUCUUCUUAAAGAACAUGCACUUACGAAAAAUAAAUUGAAAAAACAUCUUGUCUUGACAAAAAGUGUUUAGCUGUGAUUGUUUAAACUGAAAACAAGUCUAAAAUGUGUUUGUGGAAAUAGUUGUUCACUGCUGGACUGUAAGCGGCACCAGAAAAUACAGACCAUGAGAGAAAUCAUGUGUGUUUUGACCACAGCCGGACUCUCUUCUGUCCGGUAGUGGCUUCACUUUUACCUGUUUGCACUUAUUUGAUUUGUUCAUUUAUAUGCCUGUCAGAAAACAUUAACCACAUUUCUACUAUACAGACCAUAUAAAAUUCAAUCACAUUUGCUCCUGUUUGUUUGUA